AUGUGUUCAGAUGAUCAAGCUUGUUCAAAACGAUCGGAUCCUGUCCAUCGUGCAGAAUAUCGUCAUACUGGUUUACCUGAUUAUCUUAUACCAUGUCAUUUUCAAGAUGCUUGUUAUGAUAAAAAACCUGAUCAUCCUAUCAGAUUUUUCCAUGGUGAAGAAAUACCUUCGAUAAAGAAACACAGCACAUUAGGAAGUGAUAAUGCAAGAAAACGUAAAUUAACUCCAUGCAUGUACGGCAAUGAGUGUCGAUUUAUGAAAAAUCCUCAACAUACGGCAACAUAUUCUCAUCCUUCAUCAGAAUAA